GAAAAUGUCCAUAGUUGCUGAAGCACCAGGUUACAUCCAAGUUUUUUCUGAUGGCUCAGUGAAGCGAUUUGAGCCACAAAUAGCUACUGCAUCAAUUGAACCUUACAAUGGCUACAUGUCUAAGGAUGUUGUCAUUGAUUCUUCGAAACCAAUAUUUGGAAGGAUGUACCUUCCUGAAUCAAGUAUUCACCAACACUUUCCUGUUCUUGUCUACUUCCACGGUGGUGGAUUUUGUAUCGGCUCAACUACAUGGCUCGGUUACCAUGUUUUUCUUGGAGAUUUAAGUGUGGCUUCAAAAUCUAUCAUUCUUUCAGUAGACUAUCGUCUUGCACCGGAAAAUAGACUUCCUAUAGCUUAUGAAGAUUGCUAUUCUGCAUUGGAAUGGUUGAUCAAGAACAUAGAAUUUGAACCAUGGCUGAAAAGGGCUGAUCUUUCUCAGCUUUUUCUAUCCGGGGACAGUGCUGGAGGGAACAUAGUUCAUCAGGUUGCUAUCAGGGCGAUUACAAGUGAAGUUUUUCGUGGUAGACUAAAGGCGUUGCUGCCAAUUCAUCCAUAUUUUGGGAGUGAAAAGAGGACUGAAUUAGAGAUGGAUAAUGGAUCAGCAGGGGGCGUGGAAAUGAACGACAUGUUUUGGAGACUCAGCUUGCCUCAAGGAUCAAAUCGUGAUUAUUUUGGAUGUAAUUUUGAGAAUGCUCAACUACCUUUGGCUGAGUGGUCUCAGUUUCCAGCAGUGAUUGUUUUUGUUGCUGGUUUAGACUUGUUGAAAGAAAGGGGAGUCACGUACGCUGAAUUCUUGAAGAAGAAAGGUGUGAAAAGUCAUGUGAAGGUGGUUGAAGCUGAGGAACAGGCUCAUGUUUAUCAUGUAUUUCAUCCUGAAUCAGAGGCUACUCGUUUGCUUCAGAAGCAAAUGAGUGAUUUCAUAAAUAGUUUUAGGAAAUGAGUCGAUUGACGACAAAUGAAUUUAGGACAAUCCUUUACUUUUGUGAGUUUCUAGUUUGAGAAACUUCAUAGACUGGCUAAUCCACACUAAAUUGUCUACCUAAACUUCUACUUUCUGCUCUUCCAUUUUUUUAUGCGAAGAAGUACUUUUGGUGAUCUACAAUGAGCUGAUUUUCAUCGGA